UUCUGAUCGUGUGGGUCGUAAUCUAUGGCUUUUUUUUGGAAAUAUUUGUCUCGCGUUCAUCGCGUUUCUUAGUUAAUAAUUUAAAUGGUCACAUUGUGUUUACGCACAUUUGUUGUAUAAAAUAAUUUUGUAAGUUUCUCUCGAACCAUCAGCGCAUCUUGUUGAGCGCAAUACGGAAGAGUGAAAUAUGCGAGUUGACGUAUGCAUAUGUCACCGGCCGGUAGUUUUGUAUUGAUGCUGUAAGAGAUACAGGAUUUAUUUCAUUUAAAAUUGCUGUGCAUUCCUCCGGGCCGACAUGGUGACGUUAUUAAGGACGAGGGGUCUGCGUAUGACGGCGCAGAAGCAGGAAACACUUCUGAAAUUAACUGUGCUUUCCUUAGCAGCAAUUUUAUCAUUUGCAACACGUUUAUUCUCAGUACUAAGAUUUGAAAGUGUUAUUCAUGAAUUUGAUCCAUAUUUCAAUUAUCGUACUACAAAAUAUCUAGCUGAAAAUGGAUUCUAUAGUUUCCAUAAUUGGUUUGAUGAUCGUGUUUGGUAUCCACUUGGCAGGAUAAUAGGAGGAACUAUAUACCCUGGUUUGAUGAUAACUUCAGCAGCACUGUAUCGUAUCUCAUGGUUACUGAACAUCACAUUAGAUAUACGCAACAUUUGUGUCUUCCUUGCUCCAUUAUUUUCAAGUUUAACGACAAUUAUUACCUAUCUCCUUACCAAAGAGUUAAAGGAUUCCGCUUCAGGCCUAUUUGCAGCUGCAAUGAUUGCAAUUGUCCCUGGCUAUAUAUCUCGAUCAGUUGCAGGUUCUUACGAUAAUGAAGGCAUAGCGAUCUUUUGCAUGCUUUUCACAUAUUAUAUGUGGAUCAAAGCUGUAAAAACAGGAGCAAUUUGUUGGGCCACGUGCGCCGCGCUGGCUUAUUUCUACAUGGUGUCUUCAUGGGGCGGAUAUGUCUUUCUGAUUAAUUUGAUUCCGUUGCACGUACUGACGUUGAUGGUGACUGGCAGAUUCUCUCACAGGAUAUACAUCGCAUAUAGUAUUUUAUAUUGUUUAGGAACUAUUUUAUCUAUGCAGAUCUCAUUUGUUGGUUUUCAACCUGUUCAGAGUUCCGAGCAUAUGCUUGCACUGGGUGUUUUUGGUCUUUGUCAGAUACACGCAUUAGUGGAUUAUUUGAGAAGUAAAUUGUCUCAAAAAGAAUUUGAGAUAUUAUUCCGUGCUCUGCUUGUUGUGGUGGUUACAACUUCAUGUGUAAUUGGCGGUGUUUUAACCAUUACAGGAAAAAUAUCACCAUGGACUGGACGCUUUUACUCCCUGCUUGAUCCAUCUUAUGCAAAGAAUCAUAUUCCGAUAAUUGCUUCGGUCUCUGAGCAUCAGCCAACAUCAUGGAGCUCCUUUUACUUCGAUCUGCAGAUACUUGUAUUUUUGUUUCCAUCAGGCUUAUACUUCUGUUUCUCCAAGUUAACAGACUCGAACAUUUUCUUAAUUUUGUAUGGAGUUACUAGUUUAUAUUUUGCAGGAGUAAUGGUACGUUUAAUGUUAGUACUUGCUCCAGUAAUGUGCAUUUUGGGUGGAAUAGGAGCUUCUUCUCUAUUAGUCACUUACAUGAAACAAGUUGAAAGUGGAAAGGUUGUCGAUAAAAAAGCCAAGAAAUUCGAAAAUAAUUAUAUCUUGAGAAGUGAGAUUGCCUCAUUUUUCAUCUUAGUAAUGUCUAUACUCUUCCUAUCCUAUACUUUUCACUGCACGUGGGUGACAGCGGAAGCUUAUAGCUCACCUAGCAUUGUAUUAUCUGCACGAUCACCUGACGGUGGACGAAUGAUUUUUGACGAUUUUAGAGAAGCGUACUACUGGCUACGCAUGAAUACGCCCGAGAAUGCUAAAAUAAUGUCAUGGUGGGAUUAUGGGUAUCAGAUAACUGCGAUGGCAAAUCGUACUAUUUUAGUAGACAAUAAUACAUGGAAUAAUACGCACAUAUCAAGAGUUGGCCAGGCAAUGGCGAGUUCCGAGGAAAAAGCUUACGAGAUUAUGAGAGAAUUAGAUGUCAACUACGUCCUUGUGAUUUUUGGAGGGCUCACUGGCUACUCAUCAGAUGACAUAAAUAAGUUCCUAUGGAUGGUGCGCAUUGGCGGCAGUACAGAAAAAGGAAAGUCCAUAACCGAAUGGGAUUAUUAUAAUUCCGCAGGCGAAUUCCGUGUAGAUAAAGAAGGAUCUCCAAUUUUGCUCAAUUGUCUCAUGUACAAAAUGUGCUAUUAUAGAUUUGGCCAAGUCUAUACUGAAGGCGGCAAACCUUCAGGUUAUGACAGAGUAAGAAACAUGGAGAUCGGAAAUAAAGAUUUUGAAUUAAAUACAUUGGAAGAAGCGUACACGACGGAACAUUGGCUGGUGCGAAUUUACAGAGUGAAAGAUUUACGAAACAGAGGUGCUUAAAAUACUCUAACCCGGAUUCGCGUGAACAAAAAUCUAUUGCCAUGUCAUAAAUCUUUUGAUAUUGACGUUCAGUUAUGUCCAAGUUUCGCGACAGUCACUCACUGCGGAUAUUAAUACUUAUACAUGUAUUACUGCUCAUCGCAUUGUAAUUGAAUUUUUAUAAAUGAAAUGUAAAGAUAAAAAAAAUAACAUAAAUACUGCUAUAUGAUUAGAACACAAUUGAUUAGAAUUUUAAAAGAUAUACGUUUAGCAUAUAUUUCGGCAGCAUCCUUAAAAAUCAUACCACUGUCAUACAUAAUCGCUUAGCGCGUCACCUGGCGCGCGGCGCGACCGCGCCUCUUGAUACUGCGGGUAAAAUUAUUAGAAUUUGUUUUUGAACGUUAGCAUAUGUAUAUGCUUUAAAUAUAAAAGAGAAUGUUUCUCUUUAUAAUAAAUAUUUCGCAUUUAAUGCGCUAUAUAUUAAACAAUUAUAUUGUCUAAAGUAUCUUCGUUAUGUGCGAAUGCAUUAUGUUCGAAAAAUGAAUGUAUCAUGAAGUUUAUAUUAUAAUCAUUUUUCAUGGAAACAGGAAUAUAGUCAGGAAUAUUUAAAUUAAUUGUAUUAAAGUGCUAAGUGAAAUACAAGUUACGUUAUAUUUACCUAAUUAAUGAUACAUUACAGCUUAAAAUAUAUCGAAAUAUAAAUGAAGCAAUGCAAUUAGACUGCAUUGCUUAGGCCAAUUAAAAUGUAUAAACGUGAAAAAUGAAUACGAAUAAAAGGCAUGUGUUUUAUA